AAAUACAAUUUUUAACUUUCCACACCGCAUGAUACUCAUCUGAUCGUAUAAUAUAUUACUUCGCAUAAAAUCACUUUAAAAUAUUACAAUGACUUUACAGUUACAAAUCAAGCUUAUUACAAAACAACCGGAUUAUUCUGUUCCUGAAACUGUUUUGGAAGUGCCUGAAAAUGUGACCACAAAAGAGUUAAAUUUAUUGCUUAAUUCAUUACUCAAAGGAGAUGUAGGAGAAGAUGAAUUUGAAGAAUUUGAUUUUUUACUUCUGGGUGAAUUGAUUCGUACUCCUCUAUCACAACACAUCGAAGCCAAAAGUUCAUCAUUGGAGCAAGUUCAUGAAAUUGAAUAUUUUCUCAAAUAUCCUGCACCUACACCUGAAAAUAGUUUGAUUCACGAUGAUUGGGUUAGUGGUGUUGAUUCCAUGAAUAAAUGGAUAUUAACUGGUUGCUAUGAUGCAACUGUUCAUAUUUGGGGUACUGAUGGGGAACAUAAAUUAACAAUUCCUGGACAUACAGCACCAAUCAAAUCAGUAGCAUGGCUUAAAUAUGAAAAUGAUGAAUACACUUUUAUUAGUACUUCUCAUGAUGAAACAGCUAUAUUAUGGCAAUGGAAUGAACGUUCAAAUGCUGUCGAUUGUAUACAUGUCUGCAAAGGACAUGCUAGAAGUGUAGAUUGUGUUGAUGUUAAUGCAAGUACAAAUAGGUUUGCUACAGGCUCUUAUGAUCAGAUGUUAAAGAUAUGGUCUGCAGAUAAUGAAACUGAAAAUGCUGGAGGUGAUGAUGAUAAAAAACGAUUUAAAUCUGAUAACCUCAAAACAAAAGUGAAGACACCUUUAAUGACUCUUAGUGGACAUACUGAUGGAAUUAGUGGUGUUCAGUGGAUAGAUACUAAUGAAAUAGCUACAUGUAGCUUAGAUUGCACUCUGAGAAUAUGGGAUGCAGAACUUGGAGGGAUGAAGCAUCAACUGAAUGGUUCCAAAGCAUUUUUAGGUAUGUCUUAUUCACCUAUAUCAAGGCUUAUAGUUUCUGGAUCUUCUGAUAGACAUGUCAGAUUGUGGGACCCAAGAACUAAAGAUGGUACUUUAGUGAAAUCAGUAUUUUCAUCUCAUAAUCUCUGGAUAACAUCGUUAGCAUGGUCACCUGUAGAUGAAUACCAAUUUAUUUCAGGCUCAAUGGAUUUUCUUGUGAAAUUGUGGGACACUCGAAGUCCUAAAGCUCCUUUAUUUGAUAUAUCUGGACACGAAGACAAAGUCUUUGCAGUUGACUGGUCUAUAAAAGAAUUUAUCAUUAGUGGUGGAGCUGAUAAUCAUAUCAAAAUAUAUAAAUUUAAGGAACAGUCACAAUCUGAAGCAAUGGAAAGUUAGUACAUCUACAUCUGUUAAUAUUUAACAUGUAAAUAAAUGUUGAAUUUUUUCUAUA